AAGAGCCACCGGUGUCGCAGGUUGCUGUUUCCGGUUCGCUCUCCAUCACGAACUUCACCUCCGAACGUUCGUCUUCGGUGUCGCUCAGGAGCGGAACCGCACCGCCUCCCGUCCGGACCUUUGGACCGCAGCUUUAAGGAUGUCGCAGGAAAAUAUUUUCCUUUUCGUUCCGAAUUUAAUCGGUUACGCCCGCGUGGUUCUGGCGCUGCUCUCCUUCUACCUGAUGCCCACCUGUCCGUGGCCCGCCGUCUUCUUCUACCUGCUCAGCGGCCUCCUGGACGCCUUCGACGGUCACGCCGCGCGGGCGCUGAACCAGUCCACCAAGUUUGGCGCCAUGCUGGACAUGCUGACGGACCGCUGCGCCACCAUGUGUCUGCUGGUCAACCUGUCGCUGCUCUACCCCGCCUACACCUUCCUGUUCCAGCUCAGCAUGUGUCUGGACGUCGCCAGCCACUGGCUGCACCUGCACAGCUCCACCAUCAAAGGCUCCGCGAGUCAUAAGAGCAUCGACCUGUCGGGGAACCCCGUCCUGCGGAUCUACUACACCUCCAAGCCGGUUCUGUUCGUGAUGUGCGCCGGGAACGAGCUCUUCUUCUGCCUGCUCUACCUGCUGCACCACAUCCAGGAGCCGGCAGGCUGGCUGCUGUGGCUGCAGGGACUCUGUGGCCUCAUCUGUCUGCUCAAGUCCGCCAUCAGCGUCCUGCACCUGGUCACCGCCUCCCAGAACAUGGCCGCCCUGGACGCGGCUGAGCGCGAGAAGGCGGCGAAGCAGCAGUGAGGCGCCAGGAGGACGCGGCGGCGUGCUGGUUCUAGAGUUCUGAGGGUUCCUGACCAAAUGUUUCCCACAAAAUGACCUGAAGAACGCCGGCUCAUGCAGGUUCAGGUUUCCUUCACCGUUCACGACCCGCUUCGCUCAUCGGCUGGACCGGCAGAACCGCAGACAUAAACCCCACCCGUCACAGCCAGGGGAGGGCCGCCGCCCCCUCCUUCAGCCGUCCCCCACAUUCCUGGCAGAACCAGCAGGUCCAGAACAUCUGCUUCUGACAGAGGACCACUAGAGCUGCUGCUCGACCACUAGGAGGAAAACGGUUUCCUACGGCGGCUGGGGAGGCUCAAACUACUGCAAACACGUAGGAACCCGUCAGCAGAGCGCUGGAGCUGGCUUCAGAUUCACAGCAUUAAGGGGGAAGUGAAGGAAAACAUCAAUGUUCUCUGUGGAGUUCCACCAUCACAGAUUAAGAACAUUCUGGGUUUCAGCUGCAGCUCUGGAUCGAUUCCCCAAAAUCACGCUGUGAAUCUGAAGCAAACUUCAUUAGAGGUUCUCGCUGCGCGGCGAUGUCGGCGUGUGACCAGAACGUUCCUUCUUUCUCCUCAGCAGCAGAUUGAGCUUCCUCAGCCUGGUCUCCAUGGAAACGGGCGGGCCGUCUUUCAGGUCCUCAGCAGAACCAGGCAGAUCCUCCUGAGGAGCGGAACCUCCUCCUCCUCAGGAGCAGAACCUCCUCUUCCUAAGGAGUGGAACCUCCUCCUCCACAGGAGUGGAACCUCCUACUGAAGAGUGGAACCUCUUACUGAGGAGUGGAGCCUCCUACUGAGGAGUGGAGCCUCCUCCUGAGGAGUGGAGCCUCCUCCUCCUCAGGAGUGGAACCUCCUCCUGACGUCAUAGGAAGUCCGUUUCCUCUUUAGAAGUCUUCAUGAAAGAUUCCUGAUUUUAUGUCCAGAAUUCCAGCGGAUUCUCUAAACUUUCUUUUGUCGUCUUUAAAUGUAAUUUAUUUCACGUCUUUGCAGAAUUCGUUUUCUUCUUGGGAGGCUGACGGUUCACCUGUCUUAGAGGGGGGGGUCACGAUUCCUUCAUCCGCACAGAGGAAGACCUCCACGUAUUCUCGGUGUGAUGAAGCCGGUUUGAAUGUAACUUUAUUGUCCAUCAUAGUUGAAGAAAUGCUGUACCUGAAGUUUUGGAGUCUUUUGUGGGUUUAAAGUUCCUGUGAAGCAGCUUCAAAUAAAGGAUGAACUUCA